ACGGGCUGUCUCUCUGUUAGUCGGACAGAGGGGAACUUCACGGCGGCUACGGGUGUGGCUUCAAACGUGAUAAAUCUCAACUGGGGGAAGAAUGCUUAACGGCACUAGGGAUUAAAGCAAAACAAAAAUACAGAGCAGUGAAGAUCAAUAUUAUCUGAAAGGUGUGUGGUGUGUGUGCGGUAUCCUCACUGGCAGCAGGAAUCCGUGUGUGCUCGGGUUUUCAACAGCUGGAAUACUUUUUAUUUUUGCUCAACUCCUGUUUUCGUGUAUUUUAACCUGCUCUCUUGUUAGACUGUACGAACUACCGUUUUACCUAAAAGUGGAACGUUAGAAAAAAGUUCCUUGAGUCGCUGGACAACUUCUCAACUCUGACAAGAAACCACAAAUGCUGGUGAAGUGACUGAACAACUAAGUGUGUUUUUGGGAAUUGUUAGAAAUCCAAGUUCACAUUGCAGGAGGAAAUCUAUGUUUCUAGUCCCCUGUCGCCUCUCACCAACAAGAGAAGUCGCCUUACCCAACUUCAGCCCUUGUUUUUUUAAAUAAGGGUUUUUCGGACUCAGCCGAUACAUUAUUUCUCAGGUGAUAUUUCCCCACUAAGCAGCAGUCCUGAAGCGCGCACUAGGAACCAUGGGUUGUACGGUUAGUCAGGAAGAUAAAGCCGCGGCCGAGAGGUCUAAAAUGAUUGAUAAAAACCUCAGAGACGAUGGGGAGAAGGCGGCGAGAGAAGUGAAACUGCUGCUGCUGGGUGCUGGAGAGUCGGGGAAGAGCACCAUUGUGAAGCAGAUGAAGAUUAUCCAUGAGGAUGGGUACUCAGAAGAUGAGUGUAAGCAGUACAGAGCCGUUGUCUACAGCAACACAAUCCAGUCCGUUAUGGCCAUCAUCAAAGCUAUGGCCAACCUUAAGAUCGACUAUGAGGAACCUACAAGAGCGGACGAUGCCCGCCAGCUGUUUGCUCUGUCCGCAGCAGCAGAGGAGCAGGGCAUCCUGCCAGAAGAUCUGUCCAACGUCAUCCAGCGGCUGUGGGCUGACGGUGGUGUGCAGGGCUGCUUCACACGGGCCAGAGAGUACCAGCUCAAUGACUCAGCAGCAUACUAUCUAAAUGACCUGGAGAGGAUAGGCAAGCCAGAUUACAUCCCCACACAGCAGGACGUGCUGCGGACCCGAGUGAAGACCACGGGCAUCGUGGAGACACAUUUCACCUUCAAGGAUCUGCACUUCAAGUAA